CACAAUGAAUUUUGACAGUUCUUCAAAUUGCAUGUUGUUUUGAUUGAGUUUACAUUCAGUUAGCUUCAUUGAUGCAAUCCGGUCAACUAGACCAUGGAAGCGAAUAACGUUUUUAAACGGCCUAAUUCCAAUGAUUCCGAGGCCGAUCUCAUUAAAUUUCAAAACUUAUUUUUGGCAGAAAAGUCCAAAAAUACCAGUUUUCAACCGGCAGCUAAAGUGAUUCGGUUAACAAAUCCAGAGAAUCCAGAAGCUUCGACUUCGCCGAAAGUUUCACAAUUCGCCAAGAAACGAGGUUUACAAAAGGAAGAAGCGUCAGUAUCGAGCAAACCCCAGCAGAAGCUCAUCCUUGGAGAUGUUAUCGAGAAAUUAGAUGAAGCCCAAUCAAAAUUCGACAGAGUCUCCGAUUCAAACGAAGCGUUUCCGAAAGCUUGUCGCAUCGAUCGAACCAAAAUCAAAAAAUCAGACGGGACAAAGAGUCUCUUUGCAAUUAGUCAAUCAAACAGUUCAACAACACCUACUGUCAAUGAAGUGCAUCACAGUAACUUCGGAGAUGUGAGUUCAAUAGUGACAGAACAUGACGCAAAAGCCAUACACGAUGAAAAUGUUCAACUUCUGAGUGGCAUGGAUGAGGCGGAGAUUUUAGCUGAACGCAAAGAAUUACUGGAUACGAUCGAUCCCGAUCUUUUGCGGUUCAUUCAGUCGAAACGAAAGAGUACCAAAGCGAAUAUUGUCACCCCGAAGAUAGAAACUGAAGCUAAUCCAACUAUAAACGCGGAUCUGUCUUCCAUUGAUUUACUCUCCCAUCCAAACAUUCACACCUGGCCUCACUUCGAUGUGGUUGAGAGUGAAAAACUGGAAUGGAUGAAAGACAUUGCCAACAAUCUACCGAAAUUGAAACCAGGACAAAGCUACGAAGCCCGAUUCGACUGGAAGGGUGUUCUUUUACCGUACUUCACUCCCGAAACGGAUGGCGACCGAGAACUGUUUCUACACGAAACGGAUGCUCAACGUCCUGGAUAUACGCUUCAAGAACUGUUUCGUUUAGCCAGAUCCAAUGUCGUUCAGCAGCGAAAUUCAGCCAUUAGUGCCAUUUGCGGUAUACUAAACAUCUACAAUCAGGGUUUCUAUGACAAAGUGCUGGAGGUGCCGAUUUCGAAAAUAUUUUUCCUGUUGAGAUUUGCAUUCGAUGACAACACGCCGAUUUUGUUGGAAACAUCAUCAAAAGCAUUGGCAACACUAUUCUACAACGAUUCUGACGAGAUCUUACUAGACUGUACACAUGAAUGUGCCACAAAUUUCCGUGAGCCGACCCUCGGUAGUGGCAGUGUCAAACGGAAAGACGGCGACCUGAGCGAUCAGUUUGCGAAAAUGAACGUGAAAGAGAAGCAAACAUUUCACAAUGUAUUCGAUGACGAUGACGAGGACGCCUCGACAUUGAAUGAUUUUCAUUUGGCUGAAGUGAAUCUGAUUGAAUGUCUGCUGCGCACAAAUAUUUUGCAGAGAAUUCAAUACGUUUUGUUUGUCGUACGCAAUGACAAUAGCACUGUCGUCAGCUGCUUCAAGAUUCUUAUUCGUUUGGCCAGAACAGAUAGAGAAGUGGCUGAAAAAAUCUUCCGUAACCGUGAGCUACUACACAACUGUGUUCGGGAAUUUCUACCGAAUGCUGACAGAACAUCCAAUAAAAUGCAGUUUUACCAACGGCCACAGUUUCUAUUCUUGAAAUUGCUACGAGUCAUUGCCGCGCAUGAACUACCCAUUUGGGAACUGAAUGUGGAAGACGCUCUGAAAAGUUACAUUUAUAUGAAAGGUGAUAUGUCGAUGGACUUCAUAAAACUUCAAAUCGAGUCGUUCCGUUUGAUGACAACCAUUUACUUAUUGAGAAAAAACAACGAGUUGUGCAGUGAAUUGAUACCAGCCUACCAAUAUCUCCUUGAAUGGCACUACAAUUUUCUGCAAUUCGAUCAACUUGGCGGCCACUCGAUCAUACGACAGCAUGGCGCAGCAUUAAUUUCGUUAAUUGGAUGUAAGUCGUUUAGUUGUGCGACUAAUGCCUUUCCGGAUAGGCUCAACCAGUGCAUAUCGAAAUGGUUUUACACUGCUACGCAUCACAUCGUUCAGGAUUUCUCGCAAAUCAUCUUAUUGGCCACAUCACUGCAGAGCUUGUCUCGUCUGCAGGGCUACGAUCACUCCGAAUUCAUCCGGCGAUAUCUUAUUCCGUUUUUGAGUUCUGAUAGCUUCAAGCAAAUGUGCAACGAUUUAUGUCAGUCGUCGCUUCUUCUGUCUUCAACGACACAACGCACAUACAAAACCGAAUCACUGCCUGAUUUGGACUCCGUACAAUUUAAAAACGAUUCACCCGUACUGAUUGUUGGCGAGAAGUAUCCGAUUUAUGUACUCAACGGAAUCAUAGCAAUGAUACAGUGUAUGAGCGUGCGCAAGGAUGAAACAAUCGUCAGCCAUCUGAUGACGAACUGCAUGAAUGAUGUCCUGUACGCCUACUUGAAAAGCCUCUGUAAUGGGUUCAAUGCGAACGUCCGCAAGAAUUGGUUCGUUCGCAAUGAAUUGUCGUUUGUCGUGAAUAUGCUGCGGCUUAAACAUAUUCCGGAAGCGGUCGACAAGUCCACUAUCCAGAGAAUUGCAUUCAAUGUGAUGUGCUGCUGUACUGAAAACGAAUUGGAAGAUCUCGUCUUCAUUCUGAAGAACAUUGUCUUCAAUGUGGCCCUGUAUGAUAAUGCUGCAGACGUUUUCCAAUCCGAUAUGGAUGUGUGGUAUCGAUCGUACCUGUUGCAACUGGGACCAAUCGUACAACAAACAAAUUCAUUGGUUCAUGUCACACAAAAGGACUUCCUCAUACCAAGCGAUUGGUUCUGGCAACCGUUGCUCAUUUUUCUAAAUAACGAUCAACGUACGGAUGGAAACGCGUUGACGAAGCACACCUUCAUUGCAAGCCUAAAUGAAAAGGACAUAAUUCAAAUGACAAUCAGACUUACGACAUUACAGAAACGCAAUUCGUUGAACUUUGUCACACCAACCGAAGAAUUGAUGUUCCUGAUGAUCUCGUUCAUGGGACCAACAACGGCAUUCCUCGAGCCGGAUAUCAGCGAGCUGCUUGGAGAUUGCAUCCAACAAUUUUUCAAAGAAAACAACGACACGACCUUUACUUUCGAUGAAAAGUUUGACGGGAAAAGUAAAUUCGAAAAUUUGUACGUCGCAUUUUUGGACCACUUCCAAGGUACCAGCUACGGGAACGAGCUAUUCAGUGCAUUGGUUAUGGUACCGUUGGCGCAGAAAUACGAUGCCAAGUGGCGAAAAAUGGUCUGGUCGGAACAUGCUGUUGUUUUGAGAUUUAUCACUUGCAGAGAGAGUCAGUGCAUCGGAACGAUCGACGAUUAUUUGUAUCCAGUUGAAAGCGACACAAGUCUAUUGAAAUGUUACUAUCAAGCAAUGAACGGUGUAUUACGUGAAGGUUCGCUGCCAUAUACAAUUGCAAAGCAUCACUUGGAUCAAAAUCGGAUACCACCAGCGAAGAAGUAAUUCGUUUCUGGUGUAACGUGAUGUCGGUUUUAAUGAUACAAUAAAUUGCUCGACUGUU